AUGCACAGUCAGCUCGGAGACUCUUCUUCAAUGAAAGAAAUUAAAGAGGAAUACAAAAUCUCGAACAACAUACAGCUUUUCACCCCGACAGACUCUUCUGAAGAUUAUUCGUCAGAUUCCACUAUUCCAUCUUCUGAAAAUUAUUUCUCAGACUCCACUAUUCCGUCAAGUAACGCUACUGUCACGGGGGAUGACGAUGAAUUUGACGACGAACUGUACCUUAUGAAAUAUGCGUAUAUGAACGAUAUUGAAAAUAAUAUCGAAACAUACGGCGAGGAGGUAACAAGUAUCGAACCAUGCAAAGAAAUUCUUACAGAAACAAUAGAUUGCAUGCGACAUGAACGUAAUAAUAAAAGAAGUCGAAAAAAUCUACAUCCAGUGAGGUCACCAGAUAAACAGAACAACAAUAAUAUCAAUGAUAGCGAUGAUGACUCAGCAGCAGCAUUCUACGGUACUUGUGUCGUCUAUGAUAUAUUUUUUCGAAAUCCAAUUUUGCUAUUGUCGGAUAGUAGCUCGUUGGAAAAGAAUAGUGAAAAUAACUUAAAGUCAAGAGCCCAAACAGAGAUUCGUGCAUCGAAAAGUUUUAAAAAAAGA